CCCAGUUGAGCUCGUCGUCGAUAUUGAAGUAGAAUGUGCUUUGCAAAACUCGUUUGGGCCCAGGUUUUGUUCCAAUUUGUUCGAGGCUCUGUAUGAUAUCAAUUCCAUCGAACGAACCACCACGAAGAAGCGGAAACUUCCAUACCCAAUACACAUAAAAUCUACAAGUGAACUUUGAUAACAAUAUAUAUGGUCCGGUUCCAUAUAUACAAAAUCAGCCAAACUAGCAUUUCAAACUUCGCUUUAGAUCAAAGCUUUAAAGGUUGAGGGCCGUGUUCGUGGGAUUAUCCCAUGCCAACUCUUCUUAAGUUCAAGCGCCAUGCAAGUCACGCACGAAUACAAAUUGACCAAGUCCGUGAGAGCUUCACCUUGCGUAACGAAGCAAUUCAGCAUGUGCAGGAAAAUAAGAUUACGGAUGUUCGUAGCACGACAAGAUGCUCCCGCACCAGAAUGACAAUAUACGAGGCCACGGGCAGAAUUAUUCAUAUGGACUCUCUCGCAUUCUUUCGGGCUAAAUUUCCAAACACUUUCCUGUUGGGAAGAUAUUGAGAAAACAUUUUCGUCCUUUCUUUCUUUCUUUCUUCCAUUUCUUAUUGCUCUAAUCUGGUAUUGGGCUUCCUUUCCAAAACAUUCGUGAUUCAUUUGAUAUGUUUCCCCGCUUUCUCCAAACCGCUCGAAUCUAAGAAUUUCUAAGGCCUCUCGGAAGUACCCCUAGUUGACCUAUUCAAGCCAUUGAAGAUCCCUUUGUCAUUUAGGCUGAAGAUCUUGAGCGUAUCAUUAUCAGUAUGGCUUUUCCAAAAGACAGUAUACCAUUUGCAUCUUCUAGACCCGUACCCUCAAAAUAUGAUCGAAAGAUGCAUGGCAUAACUUCUAUCAAAGAAGAAUAUACAUACAAGGAUGAUUGUCCAACUUCACCAAAGGAGAAUUGGCCGCUGGGUUUGGAAACAAACACGCAUCGAAGAAACAAAUCGAGUACGAAUACGUUGACGACGGAUGGUAUGGGAAUUAAAAAGUGGGAGGGAAAGGCGCGGAGGUCGACACCGUGGGAUGACUUGAGAAGGGUAUGUCCGUGAUUGUGCUUCUUGAUCACAAAAAUUCUUACGGAGUAUAGGAUCCUGAAUUAUGGUACCCUGAAGGAGAUUGCCUGAUUUAUUUGUAUGGCCGGGGACAAUCAAUGAGAGGACCAGCAUUCCGAGUGCCACUGAGUGCAUUGAUUGCUGCGAAAUGCAAACCACUCUUUGACGCAUUCAUGCCGAAAGACAUUAAUGGAUUGCCAACCUCGGGCACCAACAGGGUUUUUGAUAAAUAUUUCGCGGGUGCCAGUGAUGGUGGCUAUGUAGAGCUAUAUAUCCCAGCUCCUACGAUGGCAGAACGAGGAGAGGCUUUCCUCCACCACACGGCGACUCGAAACUUCUUCGCUUGGGUUUUUAAGAAGUCCUUGGUCGGACCAGAUUUGGGCAGUGCAUUGGUUGGGCUUCUCAACACUAUGUCUCAAUUCAGGGCGGCCAAUGUCAACAAUGUGGACGAUUUUGUAGCUUACAUUGAAGGAGAGGGAUAUGCGGAUAUGAGGAAUGCGCCAGACCAUGCCCUUGCAAUCAUGUACUUUGCAGAACAUUUCCAUUUUAAAGAUAUGUGGGUUGAUGCACUUGCACAUUGUGCUGGGAUGUGCGAGAGACUUCAUAAUAGUCCUGGUUUCGAGGUGCGUGCGGAAUUAUCUCAUCAUACUUCCUUCUGGAAACAUGUUAUCUAACCUCACGUGUAGUCAUUGAGUCGACAAGAUCGAGCUUUCAUUUCUCGAGCAAGGCUGGAAAUGGAUCUUCGACUUGACACCUGUGGCAAAAUGCUCAGUGGAUUCCUCACAGAAGAAUUAUCCGACACAUACCUGCAGCUCAGCUCCGAUGCUCAAAUCCACCUCGAAAGGUUUAGAGCAUUUCUGCAGAGGUAUUAUACCGCAAAACUUGGUUCCUACCCGUCAUUGGCUUCAAGUUCUGGAAGCGAGGUUUUUCCCAAGAGUCUCUUUAAGCAGAUGCGCUCCGAAUUUCAGAAACUGUAUGAGUUUCUGGCGGACUCCAGUGAGACUAUCGCAAAGCCUACAAGUACCAGUAAGCAAGAGUUAGACGUACUACACGCGGUCUCGGCCUUCAAUGCCCGAUACAAGAUCGAGCCGUUACCUCACUCUCUACCUCUGCUUCCAGAUGAUAAUGCAAAACCAUCUACCAAACCACUCAGCAAACGGUUAACUUUCACCACGAAGAUGUUUCCGAAGAGUGACAAAUCUCACAAUGAACCUCGCCUCGGUCCAAUGACCGCCCUUGAUAUGGCCACAAAUCGACAGAAACAGCAUCUUACGGACUGCACGCUUGUUCGUGCUUACCUGCGGUUCGAGAAGGAAUGCGCUGGCCCAGUCAAUUCCAGAAUGGUAACAGCCGAGAACAUCUCCCAGGCGGAAGGCCGCAAGGUUCGUUGGGUCUUGAUAUAUUCUUCACUUCAAAUACUUAUUCAGGCGACGGAGAUACCUGAUCAGGUACGUGCUACACAAAACGUUGCUUACAAUAUUUCUAUUCGUACUGGAGGAUGCCCACUGUGGAACGACAGACGUUCAUGUUAUAAUUUAAUUCGUACGCAGAGUGCUCAAGUGAACAGAGACUACCGAAACUCGUUGAUCAGGUCGAACCCUUGUAAUGCUGGGGAAACACCGAUUGAUGUUAUAGCUACUUUCAGCGAAUAUCUGGCCCAGAAAGACCAAUUUGAACUGUCGCGAAGGAAAGAAAGUGCCGCCGACACCACAUUGUCAACCAGCAAUAUGAUAGCUAAAGCUGAUGUUAGUGGCGCCUUGCCGAUGAUGCCGGAGCUCAAACAUCCUAUUCCACGGAGAAACACUCAUCAUGAAAUACUAAUUGAGGGGUCUGGACACGGUCUCGAGUACAGUUUUGCCGAUGAUUCGAGAACGGAAUUUAUGGAAGAAGAACAAACCAUCCACAGAAAACAACCAUCGUCCAUGACUUCAGCAAAUGAUGCGUCCUACCAAUGGUGCCGUUCCUCCCACGAUCCAGAUGGCACCAGCUUGGAGUCUUUUGACAGUGAUGCCCCCAGCAGAAGUGGCUCAUCCACAUUCGAUGAUCGGCGAGGUUCAAUCUCUUCGACCUAUUCUGAAGCUGAGUUGUGGGGCCAAACAUUCGCAUUCGAACGGUUGCAAAAGCCCAGACCAAUCAGUACAUACUCUGUGAGCAUAUACGACGAGGAUAUGGACUUGGGAGAAAGUUUUCCCGGUACAGUAUUCUCCCCGGCUCUAUCCGGUAAAAGCCACAUAGAACCGCCACCUUUGUUUAUCACGAAACCGAUUCAGAAGAAAGUGAGCAUUUUGAGCCAGAAGCCCGACAAGCAUGCUAGUGUAGGUAGCAUGAUGGUGAUGAAUGAAGAGUUAUCUGCAUAUUUGAGGGGCUGACCCUGUAUGGUCCCUGAUACGUAUCUUCUGUUUGGCUGCUGGUACACCAGAGUACACUUUUCUGAUCAUUCGAAGGCCAUUUGGUGAUGGGGGUUUGAUGAUAGAGGGUGGAAUUUCUAAUGGUUCGAGAUAGGCACUGCUCGAUUCGCAGUGUUGUAUUCUCAAUAUGACAAAUAAUCAUAAUGUAAUAGUAUUUAUCUCAUACAACAAGAAAGACAAUUUUAAGCCUAUGUCAACGGU